AUUCAUGGAUAUUUGAGUUACAGUUAUAGCAAUAGCAAUAGCAAUGGCAACCCUCUCCUUGAACUUGACUAUUCAGGUUCUUAAUCUUUCUCCCGCCACCACUUCUGACGACCUUAUUGACUUCUUCUCUUACUGUGGAACAGUAGAAAACGUUAAGCUCUUGCCUGCCAGAAGCAAAGAGAAAGGGGGUUCCCAAUCCGCCGCUUUAGUGGCUUUCAGACAGCCAUAUGCAUUUAAAACUGCUCUGCUCCUUAACAACGCAAUCUUGUUAGAGCGACCAAUUUGUGUACUGCCACUGGGGGUUAUACCAAUUCCUAUUAUUUCAGAUAGUGAAGAAGAUGGUGAGAGGGAGACCCAGCUGAAGAAACAAAAGGAAUUGGGAUUGGUUACCGCAGCUACGCAUGAUGGGACAAUAGCAGGGAGUGGACGAGGCGGUGUUGCUGAGCACACAGCUGAGCGGAUAUCUUUAUGGGUCUCUGAUUUUAUUGGGAAGGCCUCUAAGUUUGCCUCCGAAUUGCAUGGCAACGCCAAGAAUAAGAGGGAUAAUCCCAACUCCACAAAGCAGAAAUGAGAAGGACCACUCUUUAAUUAUAUGUAUGGAAACUCUUUUAAUAUUUAUAUACUUAAGCAAGUACUUGUUACUUACA